AUGGAGAGCAUUGGAACGGAGCUUGUCCUGAACGAAGCAUCGAUGCACGGCCCAGAAGUGGUCUUGGAGCCGCUUCUCAGGGAGGCCAUUGAUGCCCAAGAGGCGGACCGAAUGAGUGCCAUCACCAUGCUUGCCAUCCUGAGGGAAUUGGUGACAAGACUCGAUGGCGAAGCCUUGGGCCACGACAGUCGAGGCCACAUGCUCGACCUUCCGGCAACACCACCGCGUGCUGGCAACUCAGAAACUGUAGAGGCUGUAAUUAGAGAAGAAGUUGCUUGA